AUGGAGCAGAUGAAACAGAGCCGCCUGAAUAGGGGUGCUAUAGGUGGACCCAUCAGACCUCAGGGGCAUAACGACCAACAGAAUAGGGGCAGGCAUCAUCAAAAACACAAGCCAUAUGCCCGACCACUAGGGAAUGCUAGAGAUCAACCUCGACCUCAAAACAGGGAAGGUCAAGGGCCAAAAGUUCCAGGUCAGAACCAGGCGUACCCUGUUAAGUGUUUUCGCUGCAAUAGAGAAGGACAUAAGAUAUCUGAGUGUCCAAUCAGACCAAGGGUUUGUUACAUUUGUCAGAAACCAGACCAUUUUGCAAAUGAAUGCCCUGAUCGGAAGGACGAUAGAGCUGUCAACCGCAACAAUGUCAACGACAAUGUUGUACGCCCUACUGCCAAGGGACGUGUCUACCACAUCAAUGGAGAGGAAACUCCAUCUUCCUCUGAACUUAUCCAAGGUGAGUGUUUAAUUGCUGGAAAAUCACAUAAUGUAAUUUAUGAUUCGGGGGCAACACACUCAUUCAUUUCAUUGGAUUGGUUGGAUUCGCUCCAACUUACUGUUACUACUUUGCCGUUUGAUUUGGUGGUUACCCUACCUUCUACCGAAUCGGUGAAAUGUAAUACGGCUUGCUUGCAAUGUCCGUUGAUUGUGUUUGAUAUGAGAUUCAAUGUUGAUUUGAUUUAUAUUCCCCUUAAGCAUGUGGGAGUGAUAAAGGUAGAUUAA